AUGCGCACUCCUCGCAUUGUAAUCCUCAUCCUAUUCCUCGCCUCCUCAUUGUUCCUCCUCGCGCGCGCCGUAUCCUCGUCUGCUCGUGCCGGUGCCUCGCCACUUCCAACCACUCGCACCAGAUCUGAGAAAUCAAUCUGGGGCUUCCUUUACUACAACACCCCAUUCUCGCUCUUCCCUCCAAAUGCAGCCAUCAGCUUAACGGAUGACAAUAGCACUACCUUUGCGGCCCGCCCGGCGGCUUUCGGCGGUAAGUUGGACGGAGCCGGAUUGAGCGGUCAACUCUGGGUAGGGAGCGGCUUUCCCGAAGAUAGUGUUGAUGGGGAGGGCGAGCUUGGGUGCAGCGACCUACCGGGCUGGGAUGGCACAAACCAGAGAACCUCCUUAAAAGAUAUCGAAGCAGUUAUGAACUCUCGACUUCCGAGCUCGAAAUCCAAGUCGAAACUCCCCAAACGCAGCGACAGCGAUAAGCUUGACCGCAAUAGCAGAGAGAGCAGCCUCAAGUCGAAGCUUGAAGGUGGAGCUUCUCCCAACGAUGGUACAGACGACUAUCUUCACGAUGGCUUGAAGACGUCUUCCCAUGCCGAUAUCCAAUCAAUCCAAGAAGCCGCAGAGAUACAGGGCAAGGUUGUUCUCCUGAUGCGUGGUGGGUGUGGAUUUUUGGAGAAGGUCAUGUGGGCACAGCGGAGGGGUGCCAUCGCCGUGAUUGUGGGCGACAACCAAAAGGGCGGACCUCUCAUUCAGAUGUUCGCCCAUGGCGACGAUGUGGAUAAUGUCACAAUCCCGUCCGUUUUCACGGCGAGAACCACAGCGCAUUUACUCUCAUCCCUGACACAGCCUGGCAGCUUCAUUGAAGACUCGCUGGACGACAGUGGGAGACCCGUGCUCAAAGUUCAACAUAGGUCCAAGCCUGGGAAGACCCCGACGAAGAAAACAAAAACCGCUUCCAAGCCCGUGGAAGACAAGGCCUCUCUUUUUGCAAGAGAUGAAAAGCCUUUCUCGAAACGGUUGGACAACAGGGGGUGGUUUUCUCGGAUGUUCCGUUCUAGUUCACCAUCUCGCUCCAUUGAUGACAAGAGCCUGCCACCCAGGAGUGGGCGCAUCGAUUGGGUGAUGGUUACGGAUUGGAACGAGGAAGGGGACAGAGUGAUCAAAGAAACGAUGGACAGAACCCGAAGAAGUUCCAAGUCUUCCACCGAUGGCUUUGUGAUUGGUGUCGAAGAUUGGCGGGAUCCUGAUCUUCUCAAACCAAAGGGAAGUGCCCCAGUUGAUAAGGUCCCUGGUACUUCCAAGACACCUUCUGCAUUGGAUUAUGCCCAUCUACCUAAGGGUGGCAGUAUUACGCCCAGCAGUGGUGAAUACAGCCCUGCACGGGUAGUCUCUUCAAAGGUGCGGUCUUCAUCAUCUGAGGAGGGCAAACAGCGCCGAAGCUUUAUCGCUAAACUCUUUGGUACCCGCCACGAGACUGAGGAGAGCAGAGGGAAGAGAGCGCUGUUACAAGACAAAUCAAAUGAUGUCGAGGAGCCCCCUGCCCCCAAAGAUCCUGCGCACGAACCUCAUGAAGGGCUCUGGGUUACUAUUACCCCGACGAGCAGUGCUAGCCCUUUUUUCGACACAUUUUCGAACCUAUCAUACCGUGGCUGCCUCCCCUACCCCGUCCACCAGAUUACCCUCUCCAAGCAGUACCUCACCAUCCACUCCGCUCUUGCAGCAGAGCUCAUCACAAUCCAGACCUCGAUCACGGACUACGACUGGUGUGCUGGAAAAGGCGAACACGAGAAGUUCACUGGAAUUUCCCCAGAGUGGCGGAAGUAUAUGAGUCGUCAGGUUGAAUGUGUGGUCUGUUUGGAGGAGUAUGUCGACGGUAUCAGCCGAGUAAUGAGUCUCCCAUGUGGGCACGAGUUCCACGCUGACUGCAUAACUCCAUGGCUGACUACCCGUCGCCGCACAUGCCCCAUUUGUAAGGGAGAUGUUGUCCGCUCCCUUGCCCACAGCUCGUCUUCAGGCAAUCGCUAUGAUCCUUACCAAGACAGUAGCGAUGAUGAAGCCGUUGCCGAAGGCUCAAGUUCUCGUCCUAUCGCACCAGACCCAGACCCAGAGCAAGGCAUCCUCUCUGAACAGAGCGAUACUCGACAGGAAGAAAGCUGGUUAAAUAUACUGUCCAGGAAUAUCAACGGCCGUUAA